GGGGAGAAGCCGACCAAUUUACACAACCGCACCCACCAGGGGAAGAAGCUAAAACAUUUGCACAAGCUCGGCCACCAGGGGGAGAAACCGCCCAUGCCAGGAAGCGUCGAAUAUGAGCAGUACAUGGCCGCCCGUAAAGCCAGCCAUCACGACGCGAUGGCGCGGCUGCACAAGACUCUCGAGACGAUGAUACCGGACAAGGCGGAGCGAGAUCAGCUCUCUUCGAAGCUGAAGAUACUGCAUAAGCAAGGCAAAGACGUCGUGAGGAAUUCGGUGAGCGAAAUCAAGAUGUAUCUGCGGGCACACAAGUGGAACGCGGAGACGCGAAGGCGUUUUCACAAGAUCAAGCGAUUCAUGAAGACUCACAUGAAGCCAGCGAAGCCGUACCACGUGACGCGCGCCGUCAUGAUGAAACAGCUGCAGAAGAAACUGUCGAGCGCAUAAUCUAAACGCAAUAAACAUGAAUCGCCGAUCAGUCUAUAGCGAUAUAUACAUAUAUAUCAGAAGUAGAUAAUAGGGAAUAUAUAUAUAUAUAUAUAUAUAUAUAUAAGAAGAGAGAGAGA